CGGCAACACUUUUUGGCUUCUAUUACUCCAGCUCCUCUUCGCUACCACGCUUUAAUUUCCUGCAGUAUCUAAAGCGAAAGAUCUCGACGCCAUGAGUGGGAAGAACAUGAUCUCGCUCGAGGAAGGCUGGGACCAGGAGAUCAAGCCGAAAGCCAUCGACGUGCUGCUGGACAUCUUGGACAAGGGCUUCGACCAGGUGAAGGUGUCGCCCUUCCCGCCCAAUGCCUUCAUGCCUAUCUACACGACGUGCUACAACAUGUGCACGCAGCGCUCACCGUAUAAUUUCUCAGAGCAGCUCUACGACCGCCACGGCCAGACCUUCGACACGUAUCUGGAGCAAAAGGUGCUGCCCAGUCUAGAGCAGGCACACGACGAGUUCUUCUUACAAGAACUCGUCAAGCGCUGGACCAAUCACAAGCUCAUGAUGAAGUGGAUGACGCGCUUCUUCAUGUACUUGGAUCGCUACUACGUCAAGCACCACUCGCUGCCGACCCUGGACGACGCUGGUCUGCAGAGCUUUGAUCGUAUGGUCUUCCAGAAGGUCAAAGUGCGCGUUAAAGACGCCAUGAUCGAGCUCAUUGAGAAGGAGCGCAACGGAGAGAUCAUCGACACGACGUUGAUGAAGAACUGCGUUGAGAUCUUCGAGGUCAUGGGCAUGAAGUCUCUCGACGUCUACCAGAGCUGUUUGGAGGCGGACCUGGUGUCCACAAGUGCUAUAUACUACGAGCGUAAGUCCAAGGGCUGGCUCAGUGAAGACUCGACGCCUGUGGUGUUCGUGUUCUCGUACCUCACAGACAAGGAUCUAUUCGCCGAGAUCUACCGUAACCAGCUUGCGAAGCGUCUACUGAAUCAACGCUCUGCUUCUGCUGACGCGGAGGUUCUGAUGAUCGGCAAGCUUAAGUUGCGCUGUGGUGCGCAGUUUACCGGUAAGAUGGAAGGUAUGAUGAACGACCUGGCCAUCGGCAGUGACCACCACCAAGAGUUCGAGGGAUUCUUGAAGAAACAGCGGGAGAGCGACUCGAAUGAAGCCGCGCUGAACCUCGAGUUUAGCGUGCAGGUGUUGACGACGGGCUAUUGGCCGUCGUACCGUAUUCUGGAGGUCACAAUGCCGCCGCUUAUGGUCCGAUGCAUGAACCUCUUCAAGGUGUACUAUGACUCGAAAACGAGCCACCGUCGGUUGCAGUGGGUGCACUCGCUGGGUAACGCGACGAUCCGAGCCAACUUCCCCAAGAAGAAAUGGUAUGAUCUGCAGGUGACGACGUUGCAGGCAGUAGCGCUGCUUUUGUUCAAUGAAGGCGAAGGAGCGCUGUCGUUCGAGGCCGUGCACGAGUCGUUGAACGUUACAGUGGAUGUAGUGAAGCGUAUUAUGCACUCGCUGUCGUGUGGUAAGUACAAGCUGCUGGCCAAGACUCCUGCGGGCAAGACGAUCUCGACCAGCGACCAGUUUGCCGUCAACAAGACGUUUGCUUCUCCGAUGCGUAAGCUGCGUAUCCCGAUGGCUUCUCUGGAGGAAAGUCACAGCCAGAAGAAUGUGGAGGAGGACCGCAGUAUCGCCAUAGAAGCUGCUAUUGUGCGUAUCAUGAAGGCACGCAAGACGCUUCAGCACCAGCAGCUUAUCUCGGAGGUGCUGAGUCAGCUGGCGUUCUUCAAGCCGAAUCUCAAGGUGAUUAAGCGUCGUAUCGAGGCUCUUAUCGACCGCGAAUACCUCGAGCGCGACCCUGAUCAAGCCAACACGUACCGCUACCUCGCAUAA